UUUGAGGACCAGUUGACCACGCCCAAAAGAGACAACACCCUCAAAUUCAAUCACGUGAAUUCUGCUCUCGUGAGAAAUAAAAAUGGCUGAUUUACCAGGUGACGAAGAGACCAGUUCAGAAGGAGGAUUGAGAAAAAUUGAAUGGAGCGAGAUUGUAAAGCAUAAGGACCAGAACAGUCUUUGGAUGGUGGUUCACAAUAAAGUCUAUGAUGUCACCAAGUUUAUGGAAGAGCAUCCUGGAGGAGAAGAGGUCCUUUUGGAGCAAGGAGGUCGUGAUGCUACUGAGGCAUUUGAAGAUGUCGGCCAUUCUCCCGAUGCACGUGAGCUCCAGCAGAAUUAUUUGAUUGGGGAAUUAGCAGCUGGAAGUGUUAAACCUGUUGAGAAGAAGACUAAGCCAGAUCCACCAGGAGUUCAAGAUGACAGUGAUGGUAAUUCUAAUUUAAGACGCAUCCUAUUCUUUGGAGCUAUCAUAGUUGGAGUGGCAGCUUAUAUAGGAUAUAAAUAUUACAUUGCUUACAAGGACAAAACAAAAUGAUUUGCUUUAUAUCUAUAUCUUUUGGAAUACUUUGAUUUAGUUUUUUUUUGCAAUCUCUUUGUUUACAUUAUUUGCAAUUAAUUUUCUAGUUAAUUAAUUCACUUUUAUGAUAACUUUAUGCAACAUUA